AUGGGGAAGGCACCCCCAUUUCGGGCCACAAUUCUAGCUGCAGCUAUACGGGAGUAUAUCUUGGGUAUUGAUGUUUUGCGAGGCCGGUCUGUGGAUACGCAGUACGGUCUCUUCGCCUUUGGCCACCCUCGGUAUGUGAAUGCAGCACGAAUACAAGAAGUGCGAUUACUGACUAUUCUGCGGGGUGCUCCACGCUGGGAGCCGGUGAUCUUACCACCCCCAACAGCUGUGGUUUACAGGAAACAGUACCGUCUCCCUGGAGGGGAGGAAGAAAUUACCCAGACAGUGGAUGCCUUGCUAGACGCUGGGAUUAUUAGACCUGCGUUGAGCCCCUACAACAGCCCCAUUUGGCCAGUGAGAAAGCCAGAUGGAACGUGGCGAAUGACAGUGGAUUAUAGAGAGCUUAAUAAAGUGACUCCCCCGUUGGCAGCUGUUGUGCCGGACAUAGUAACCGUGAUAGAGCAUAUAGCAGCAGCUGCCCAGCCAUGGCAUGCUGUUGUGGACCUUGCUAAUGCUUUUUUCUCAAUUGCUAUUGCCCCCAGCUGUCAGGAUCAGUUUGCUUUUUUAUGGCAAGCUCGUCAGUAUACCUUUUGUGUAUUGCCCCAAGGAUGGAAGCACUCCCCCACAAUUUGUCACCAGCUGGUCAGUGCGGAUUUGGCCCGAGUGCAACUACCUCCUAUGACCCACAGUUACCAUUACAUUGAUGAUGUUAUGGUCUCUGGCCCCUCCCGGGAAGUAGUGGCCGAUGCUUUGCAUGCAGUAGCUACCGGCUUGGAGGGUCGAGGCUGGACCCUGAACCCACAGAAGAUACAGGGUCCGGCUCAGACUGUUAUUUUCUUGGGGAUUAUGUGGGCAGGAACGGAGCGGCAAAUUCCCCAGAAGGUGCGCAAACGGUCCAGGGAUACCCCGCCGCAGACCAAGAGGGAAUUACAAGCGUUUCUAGGUCUUUUGGGGUUUUGGCGGGCUUUUAUUCCUCACCUUGCAUUUUUGAUGCGGCCACUGCAGACCCUCGUUCGUAAAGCAGCUCCCUGGAAGUGGGAGCGCAGCCAUCAGACUGCAUUUGAAUUGUGCAAGGAUGCGUUGUUAACACAUGCCCGGCUCCACGCCCCCUUGCCAGGGGUUCCUUUUGAGUUGGAGGUUACCACUGUGGCAGAUGUGGCGUCCUGGGGGCUGUGGCAGCCAGUGGGGGGCCAACAGAAAGAGCCAAUAGGUUUUUGGUCCCGAACCCUAAAAGGGGCAGAACCUGGAUAUACUCCGUUGGAAAAGCAAAUUUUGGCAGUUGUGUGGGCGCUACAGGAUACCGAGCGCAUAACCGGCCCCACGCCAGUAGUGGUGCGGACGCCCAUCCCGUUGGGCCGUUGGGUGCAAGAGGAUUCCGGCCAAGUGCAGACUGGCGUGGCGCAAAGUUCCACUCAUUUUAAGUGGCAGCAUUACCUGCAAAAGCGCAUGUUGCUCGGCCGACCUGCAAUCUCCACCCCCCAUGCUAUAUUGUUGGGGGCGGUUACUUUUGAACAUGUGCCCUCCCUUACGGAUGAUUUGCCCCCCGUGGAGGACCCAGCACCCCCCUCACCUGUAACGGAGGCCCCGUCAGUGGACCAGCUGUCGGUUGAAGAACGCUGUUAUGUGUGGUUUACAGACGGAUCAGCAGCCUACACUGCCCAGGGGACCCGGCGAUGGAGAGCCAUUGCGUAUGCCCCAUACGCGGACAUUGUGGCUAUGGCAUGGGGAACAGCUGGAUCCAGCCAGUGGGUGGAAUUGAGGGCGGCGACCUUGGCUAUUGAAGGGUCCCCGCCACGUGUGUAUUUAUACACUGACAGCUGGGCGCUGUACAAAGGUCUCCGUACUUGGAUAACAGCCUGGGAAGCUAAAGAUUGGGAACUAGCUGGCCGGCCUUUGUGGGGGGCGACUCUUUGGCAGCAGCUGUUAGAGUAUGCCAAACGAGCCCCUCUGGCUGUACGUCAUGUGGACACUCAUACCAAAGCUGAUACAACGGAGGCCCACUGGAAUGCCGCAGCUGAUGAAAUGACUCGUAGUGAGGCGGUUCAGAUGGCAGAGCGCUACCAUGUGGAGGGGGGCCAUCGCGGAGCCCAUGCAACCCGAUAUGCAGCAUCAAGACAUGGCGUUUAUCUCCCACUGGCCGCAUGCCGUACUGCCCGUGCGAGUUGUUCAGUGUGGAGUUACAAGCCCCGAGUGAUACAGCAUGGCACGUUCUGGCAAGCGUGUGGUGGACGAUACCACAACGCGAUCCGCAAGCUGCCGUGGUUCUAG